AUGCCAGAUAAAGAAAACAAGAAAGUGGAUAACUCCACCAAUCAAUGGCGCGCAAAGGUUAACAAGAAGAAGGGUCAAAGGAGCAAAUACAGUGUCGGAGAUAGAGUCAACUACGAUCCAGGGGGGAGGUCGAUGUUAGUUGGCCCGUUCCUAAUCGAUGAGGUUCUAGACGGUCAACAAUACAUACUCUGCUACGAGUCCGAUAGAAGCGUGGCGUACAAUGGGACUGCAGUGGAAGAAGAUCGACUCGUGAGAGCUUGA